GCAUUAUUACGUUUAAACACAACAGUUUCAAGUGAGAUGAAUUAAUUUCACGUAUUAAUGGAGCAUAUACGAGAACAAUGAACACGUUUACUCUUUUGAUAAAUGGAUUUUUAAGCUUUUUUAUGCUACUCGUGAUGUACCAUCGAGUCGUUGAUUGCAACAUUAAUCAUGAAAAAAUAGAACGAAUGAUCGAACGCAACAUGAUAAAAUUAGAAUCUGAAUAUCGUUUUAUGAUGUGGUUACUGCAGACUUUAGAAUGGAAUUAUGCUGUUAACAUGACGGUGGCUAAUGGUAAAGAAAAAGAUAAUUUCGAGACUUUAUUCAGCGAGUGGAUGAGCAAAUGGAAGUCAUGGGCAAAAAAUCUCCCAUAUAUUCCUACAAAUAAAGUUUACAGAAGAAUUAUUAAAAUAAUGGCUAAUGGGAUCGUUUUUUCAUCACCAGAAAUGGCUAAACGUACUUCAGAAUUGCGGAAUUCAAUGGCUGCCAUUUAUGCAAGAGGACAAGUGGAUUUGAGUCAACUUCGUUUGCAGUUAUUGGGAGAAGAAGAAGUAGGAUUUGCCAUGUCUAAAGUGAAAAAUCCUUCAGUUUUAAAGAAGUUAUGGCGUGAGUGGAGAUAUACCGUGGGAAACAGGAUAAAACCGCUAUUUUUACAAUUAGUAUCAUUGCUUAACACUGCAGCUAGGGAGAAUGAUUACCACGAUAUUGGAGAGAUAUGGAGAUCCGAAUUGGGAAUAGACGAUUUAAUUGCGGUUGCCCAUCAAUUAUGGGGUAAAGUAUCAGAUUUCUACUACAACAUACACGCAUUUGUGAGAAGACGAUUGAUGAAAGUGUACGGUAAACAAUACUUUAACAACGACGGCAUCAUACCCGUUCAUCUAUUAGGAAGCCUCUGGGGAGAUAAUUGGGAAUCUUUAGGAAAUUUCGUCCUUCCAUACCCUAACGUGACAGUUCCUGACAUCACUGAAUCUAUGCUUAAACGAAACUUAACAGUUAAAGAUAUGCUAAAGAUUUCAGAACGAUUUUAUACAUCUAUGGGUAUGUUUCCCAUGACUAAAUCAUUCUGGAAGAAUUCAAUGUUUGUAAGACCGCAGGAUAAAAGAGCUAUCGAUUGUCACGGUUCUGCUUUUGAUUUUUCUAUUAACGACGAUUUUAGGAUUAAGAUAUGUGCGGAAAUAACGGAAAAGGAUUUGAGAACUAUCAUACACGAAAUGGGGCACGUGGAAUAUUUCAUGUCCUAUCGAAUACAACCAAUGAUUUUUCGAUCGGGAGCCAAUUCGGCAUUUCACGAAGCUAUAGGAGAAACUAUGGUUUAUUCGGCAUUUAGCCCUAAGUGCUUAAAGCACUUUGGACUAUGGAACGGAGCAACGUUAUCCAAAGAACAAGAAUUGAACUUAUUAAUGCAACGAGCAUUGGCCAAAGUAGUUUUCCUCCCCUGGUCGCUUCUCAUAGAUCUUUGGAGAUACGAAGUAUUCGAAGGAAGAUUAUCUUCCAGCGAUAUGACUAAAAGAUGGUGGGAACUAAGGAAGUAUUAUCAAGGUGUAGGCCCUCCUUCAGAAGAAGAUAUAAAGGAAUUCGAUCCUGGAACUAAAUACCACGUGGCUAACAAUGUACCUUACAUCAGAUACUAUUUCAGUAGAUUUCUUGAACAUCAGAUUCACGAAUCUCUUUGCCGCAUGUCAGAAUCCACAGACGAAUCCCUACACCAUUGUUGUCUGUAUGGCGCAACACAAGCAGGUUCGAUUUUGAGAAAAGCUCUGUCUUUAGGUUCCUCCAGAUCUUGGCAACACGUAUUGAAAUUGAUAACUGGUAAAGACGAAAUGAGCGCCGAUUCUCUUCUAAAAUAUUAUCGUCCCUUAUACGAAUGGCUAAAGAAUGAAAAUGGUAAUGAAGGAGAUUUAGGAUGGAAAUAAACAUAAAUUAUCUCGUUAUUUUAAUACGUAGUAAACCAUUUUAUGUAACCUAUUUAAUGAAUAGUUAAUAAAACAAUAAAAGCAUCAAAAUGUAACAAUUUUAUC